AUGCAGCAAAACCACAGACCGGGCUUCUCCCGUGCUAUAACUGUCAAUACAUCGACCGAUGUACAACCCACGGCAGUACCCCCAACACCACGGCCAAAGGCCAUGCACGUCAAGCGCGUUACGCUCACUUCAAAGAAGAAUUGGUGGAUGGUUGAGAUGGACGAAGAGGAGGAACAGCCUCUGGGCAACUCUAUGAAUUCGUUCUCGUCCUCGGAAGAAACUAUUGUGGAGCCUGUUGUAUUUAAUGCAUACAACCACGGCGCAGAUGAACAGCAUCAUCAUCACCACCACCACCACCAUGCUGGAGAUCUGAAACGGACGGACACGCCGCCUCCUUCGCCUAUCUACAACCCACCGCGUCAUCCGACGUCCAUCUUUUCCUUCCCCACGCCUACGGCGUAUUGUGCGCCGCCGAAUGCGACUGCGAGUCUGGCGCCGUUUGCGCAUGGGUCUGCGUCUGAGCUGUUCAAGUGCGUCGUGAAGAAGCCCGAUGUGAUACAGCUCGAGAUCAACGGGGAGAUGCAGUCCAAUGCGUCCGAUGUGACUGUACAGUUCCUUGCUGAGCUACGGGUAUACACUACGCUAUCACGGCACCGGAACAUCUGCACGUUUCUUGGGUCGUUGGAGAAUGUGGGUAUGGUGCUGGAGUUUGUUGACGGUCGGACGCUUUAUGAUGUUAUCAUUGCUCGACCGUCAUUGACGCCCGUGCAAAAGAUCGAUUACCACAACCAGCUGCUGGAUGGGCUUACGCAUUUGCAUUCGUAUCGGCUGAGUCAUGGAGAUGUUUCGCUGCUGAAUAUACAGGUGACGACGCCGACGAAUACGAUCAAGUUGCUUGAUUUUGGACGGUCUGUGUCGGCGGACUCGACGUUCAAGUCGCCGGAUGACGAGCCUGUGGAUCCGUUUCCGUACCUUGGUAAAUAUGCAAGCGCACCGCAGAAGAUACCGCUUGUGAAGGUUGAACAAAUACACCCUGGGACGAGGCCGUUUAGUGCGCCUGAGAUAUUGAGGGGGGAAUGUCAGGACCCUUUGUUGGCGGAUGCGUAUAGCUUUGGGAUGAUCUUGGUAUGCCUGGAUCGGUGUCAAUCUAUUGACGUGAAGCCGUGGGAUCAGAGGAAAGAUAAGCUUCCUCAUGACUUGUUUGACGAUUGUGAAUUAUUCAUGGAUAGGGCGAAGGAGUAUUUACGGAAAUGGGAUGGGGGUAGGAGAAGAUUAGUGAAGGGGGAUAUGAUUCCUGAAGAACAUCGUUAA